AUGUCAGAGCUUUCAGUCCUCUUCACAGUAGGCUCGACUCGUUUCGACGCUCUAGUAUCCGCAGCCCUAUCACAAAACGUGCUCGAUGCACUCUAUAUCUCAGGCUUCCGUCAUAUCUACUUGCAACAUGGUCACUCUCCAACACCCAACAACGACAUAAAUAAGACGCAAUUCAACAUUACAACAUUCCCAUUCCAGCCAUCCAUGUCCGAAUUCAUUAAUCGAGCAGAUCUAGUCAUAUCUCAUGCAGGUUCAGGCACUAUCUUGGAAGUAUUAUAUUCGCAUCGCAAACUAAUUGUCAUUGCAAACGACGCUUUGAUGGACAAUCAUCAGGUAGAGCUGGGGAAAGUGCUUGAUCGGGAACAGUAUUUGGUGCUGGGAAGUGUGGAUACGCUUCCUGGUUGUAUAGAUAGAGUCAUGAAGGCCAAACUGAAUGUCUUGAAACCACCGAAUCCGGAUUCGUUUGUAAAUGUGCUCAAGGACGCUGUUGGAUUCUGA